CAGUUAUGCAUUUUUGUCAUGUCACGGCUUUGCUCGUCUCGCAAAGCGUAUAUUUUGAUCGCUCUAUCGGUUCGUUCUGCGUUUGACAUCGGUCGGCUUGCGACACACUGCCAUCCGGGAAACCAGCCUACUCGAGUGCGAAACAACACACAACCAAGCUCCAACCGCUAUGGGUUUCAAGCAUCUACUUACGGUGAAGGCGAACGAAGUUAUUCCGGUGCACAAGUACCGGUCGGAUCGCACCGGCCUGACUGUGAUUGUCGGCGAAGUCGAAGGGCCGGUAGUGAAUGGGUACUUUACGCUUGCCACCGAGGCCCACGACGAUGACGGGUUGCCGCAUACGCUGGAGCAUCUUAUCUUUCUCGGCUCGGAAAAGUAUCCGUACAAAGGUAUUCUCGAUUUGGUAGCGAACCGCUGCUUGGCGUCCGGCACUAAUGCUUGGACCGACCGUGACCACACAUGCUACACGAUGACAACGGCCGGGAGUGAAGGGUUCCUGUCCUUGCUGCCGGUGUACUUGGACCACAUCCUCUACCCGACGCUAACCGAUUCCGGGUUCACCACCGAGGUGCAUCACAUCACCGGCCACGGGGAGGAUGGCGGUGUGGUGUACUGUGAAAUGCAGGGACGCGAAAAUACGGGCGAAUCACGCGUGAAUUUGGAAAUGCUACGAGCGGUGUACCCGAACUGUGGCUAUAGCGCCGAAACGGGAGGCAUCUUGAGCAACCUGCGCACCAGCACCACCAACGAAAAGGUGCGUGCCUAUCAUGCUGCAUUCUACCGCCCGGACAAUCUACACGUCAUCAUCACCGGGCAAAUCAAGCCGGACGACAUUUUCAAAGCGCUCGAACCGAUCGAGACGAAAAUCGUGUCGAAAGGAGCGCUUCCACCCUUCGAGCGCCCGUGGCAAACGCCGGUGGAACCGCUGAAGGAAUCAGCGGACAUCAAAAUCGAGUACCCGGCCGACGAGGAAGACUGUGGGCUGCUGAACGUGGCUUGGCGAGGACCGAAAGCUACAACGGAGUACGACACGCUUACUGCCUGUGCGGUGCUUCUGCGCUAUCUGACGGACACUUCGGCCAGUCCGGUCCAGCGGGAGUUUGUCGAGAUUGAUGAUCCGUAUGCAAGUCGCGUGGGCUACAACAUCGUGGAAAACUCGGUUUCGCUGCUGUACAUUUCGUUCGAAAACGUUCCGCUCGGCAAGGAGGAUCACAUUUUCCCUAAGCUGAACCAGCUGCUGGCGGGCAUUGCGAGCGGCAAGGAGAAGCUGGACAUGCAACGCAUGCGAAACGUUAUCGAGCGCAAUCGGUUGGAGGCGCUCAGCAGCCUGGAAUCGAAUCCGCACGACGAUAUCGCUUUCCACGUGAUUGGAGAUGUGCUGUACGGGUCGGACGAGAGUGAGUUUGACAACCGGCUGAACGUGAAUCGAUGCUUGCAGACGUUGAAAGACAAGGAGGACAGCUUUUGGCUAGCGUUGAUGAAUGAACAUAUUGUAAAGAACAAACACGUCGUGGUGCGUGCCGUUCCCAGCAUAAAGGAGAACGUGCGUACGGCCAGUGUCGAGCAGGCGCGGCUGGAAAAGCAGCGGGAAACACUCGGCGAAGAUGGGCUGAAGGAAAAGGAGCAGGUGCUGGCCGAUGCGAUGGCGUCCAACGAAAUUCCACCGCCGGAGGAGAUGAUCACCUCCAUACCCGUUCCCUCCACGGAAGGCAUCAAGUUCUAUCCGGUCGAGGUGUACUCGUCGUCCCGCGCAGAAAGCAAUCCUCCCGGGUUGAUUAUGAGCGAUUUGCCAGUUUAUGCGGAAGCGUAUGAUCUGCAUACGAACUUUUGCUACCUCAAAGUCACGAUGUACACGGAGCCGCUAAGUGUCGAGCUGCGAUCGUACCUGGUGCUGCUGCUAGAAUUGCUGACCGAAUCGCCUAUCCGGCGCGGCGAUACAUUGAUCCCGUACGAGGAGGUCGUUUCAACGCUCGAGUCAAACACGGUCGAAACGACCACCGACCUAGGGUUCAGCUCGUCGAGUCGUUUCAGUGUGGGCGCUUACUCUAGUACGGCCACACUGUACAUGCAGGUGGUCAGGGAGAAGUACACCACGGGCAUCGAACUGAUGACGGAGCUGUUGCACCAAACCGAAUUCACCGCCGAACGUAUCAAGGUUUGUGCCACGAAGCUGAUCAACGAGGUGGCGCAAGCCAAGCGGGAAGGAAACUCCAUCGCAAAGGACAUCCUGAAAGCGAUGCGUUAUCGGAAGGAGAGCAACGUGCGCAUCUGCUCACUGUUGAAACAAUCGAAAUUCCUAACGUCCCUGCUGGAGAUGAUGGAAAAGCCGGAUUCGGCCAAGACGGUGAUUGAAAGCCUGAACAAAGUCCGCUCGAUCAUUACGCUGCCGGAAAAUGUGGCCAUCCACAUGGCGGCCGAUUGGCAGGCGAUGAAGGAGCUGGGCAUCGAUCUGAUCACACCCUGGAACCGGCUUGUGCGAGCAACCAGCGGGACGGACAAAAUAGUGAAAAGGUUUACCAGCAUGCAGGAUUGGGAGCACAUGGAGAAGAGUAGCGAGGCGCUCGAAAAGCCGUACACGGGUGUGGUCGUCGGUUUGGGCAGUGUGGAGAGUGCGUUCCUGUUUCGUACCUGCCCGGGAAUAACGGAUUUCAACGAUCCCGAUCUGGUGCCACUGCUACUGUUUCUACAAUAUUUGACCCAGCUGGAAGGCCCGCUGUGGAGACAGAUUCGCGGCCAAGGGUUCGCUUACGGGUAUAAUAUAGUGCCGCGGCCGAACGAAGGGUCGCUCUACUUCACGCUGUAUCGUGCAUCGAAUGUGGUUGCCGCAUACCAGGAAGCUGUCAGCAUCAUGGAGAAGCAGGUGGGCGAAGCGGCGGAAUGGGAUGCCACGCUACUGGAAUCGGCCAGAAGUUCCCUCAUCUUCGAAAUCAUUGCCCGCGAGAACAGCAUCGAAAAGGUGGUGAACACCUCCAUGCUGACAAGCUUCAAGGGCGUGCCGGUAGGCUAUAACCAAUCUUUAGUGCGCCAAGUGGGCAAAGUGACGAAGGAGGACCUACUGCGCGUAGGCACCCGCUACGUUAAGCAUCUGUUUUCUGGCACGGACACGUGCACCGCCAUCGUUUGCCACCCGGACAAGGCUUCGGAUAUUGCGAGUGCUUUCAACAGCUUGGGCUUCCCGUUAAAGGUUGAAACGAGCCUGGAGGAUAGCAUUCUAGCUUAAACGUAAUGCGGGCUGUUGGUGGCCAGCGGAAGUAUUUCACCAUUUGGUUUGAUGUAGUAGCGUCAGUCUCACGUGCAGUUCGGUUGUGUGUUGCACGUGCUGACAGACUGCAACCUUUAUUGUGCAUAGAAUUUUUAUAGAACUCCCUUUAUCAAUAAUCAUCAUACUAAUCAAAA